GAAAUCGUUGCCUAGCUGUGAAGAGGCUAAUUUGUUAAAAAUUUAUCUCUAAUGGUGUCCGACGGUAGCGCCGAGCAGCAAAUCGUUGCGAGGAGGACAAACUCGACAACAUCAGACACUGGCGAGAAGAAUUUCGUCAUGAAAGAGAAAGACGAAAAUUCAAAAGACAUGCAUGGGGAAGCUCCUUCAAGGCAAUCAGCGAAGGACGAGGCGACACCACCUGAACAGCAACCGGGCUUUUUAUGGAAAGUAUCUGGUGGCGUUUAUAACAAGGCAGCCACAGUGGUUGGAGGAGUUGGUUGGGUUGCGGGAACGGCAUUAUCAACGACGUUUAGCGCUGUAUCAGCCGUAGGGGGAGUUGCGCUAACACCAUUCAAAAAAUCAGCAAAGGACAAGUCUGAUUGAUGCUGUGUGUCGGAACAAGGGCCCUCUUGAGGAAAAUUUCCUGUGGCAUAAUGCCAAGAGUUCUAUUUAGAUAUCUUUAUUGACGAAGACUUUCACAUUCACGGACACAUACAGAAAAUAAGGUAACAUUUUGUCGAGUGAAAUGGAAAAUGCAUUAAUUUUGGAACCGAGGGACUGGAUAUAUUUCACAGAAUUUUCGUGGUAUCUCGUUUCACAGAGAAUUGAUGCUUGCACGCGAAAACAGAAUAACUAUUUUUUUGUGUGAUUUUGUAGAAAUAGUAGAUAAUUUCGUGAACUUGAAAUUGUAGAGUAGUGAUGAAACACCAUUAUUUUCAAUUUGAAAUUUGCUUGCUCAGCUGAGCGCCCCGAAUUGGUAAAUCUGUCACUGUUUUAUAAAUUCGCAUUUUCCUUUCAAAUUUUUAAGUUAUACUUGUAUACACAAUGGUUUCGAACUACUCUAUUUCAGAAAGCUCUGUAAUUUAUAGCUGAUGAACGAUAGAUAAAAAUUGUAAAUACAA